UUCUCUGCAUGUGAACCUAUAUACCUUUUUUUCUCAUACCCAUGCUCUAAUCGCAUUUCUACACAUUUCCACUUCCAUUUAUCUUUUUUUUUUUCUUUUUACCCGUAAACAUGCCAAUCAUUGAGUUUGAGCCAAGUAUUUCUAGUGUCACAGGCAGCACAACUUCUACUAGACCUCAUGUUAACACAAGAAUGGAGAAUUCCACAGUUCAUGCUGAGCCACCAGGGUUGACAAAUAACAUGAACCCAAACUUGGAAUCGAGAGUUUCAAAUCAAAAUCCGUCGAUACCAUCACAGUUGCCCUUUCUACGCAAAUCAUUACGUCCUAUUACACUCAAGUUUGAAGAUUUGGCUUACAAUAUUAACUUGCAAUCUGGAAAAGACCGUUGUUUAUUCACCUCAGCUGACUCAAAAAGAACCCGGACUGUUCUCAAUGGAGUCAGUGGUGUAGUCCGACCAGGAGAGUUACUAGCCAUGCUUGGUCCAUCAGGCAGUGGAAAAACCACCUUAUUAGCUGCCCUUGGUGGUAGACUAUCUGGAAAGCUUUCAGGCAGCAUAACAUAUAGCGGCCAGACCUUCUCAAGCUCAGUGAAACGAAAAAUCGGCUUUGUGACACAAGAUGAUGUGUUAUACCCACACCUAACGGUUUUAGAAACUUUAACGUAUGCUGCAAUGUUGAGGCUGCCCAAGAGUUUAACCCAUGAAGAGAAAGUAGAACAAGCUGAGCUCAUCAUACUUGAACUUGGGUUAACAAGAUGUCGUGACAGCAUCGUGGGAGGGCCACUUAUUCGUGGUGUUUCGGGUGGGGAGAGGAAACGGGUUAGUAUUGGACAGGAAAUGUUGGUGAACCCGAGUUUGUUGCUUUUGGAUGAGCCGACUUCAGGGCUGGACUCUACCACGGCUCUUCGGUUAAUGGCCACGUUGAAUGGGUUGGCUAGAGGAGGGAGGAGCGUGGUCACCACGAUCCAUCAGCCAUCAAGUAGGCUGUAUUGGAUGUUUGAUAAGGUUUUGGUUUUAUCUGACGGCAGCCCAAUUUACUAUGGUUGUUCGGGUCAGGUUAUGGAGUAUCUUGCAUCCAUUGGGUAUGUGCCAGGGUUUAGUUUGAUGAACCCUGCUGAUUUUCUGCUUGAUCUUGCCAACGGGGUGGUUCCUAGUACAAACCCGGAUGAUCACCAAGAUUAUAGACAAGACAGCCAUGAAGAAGGCAAAUCAGUUAAGCAGUUUCUGAUAUCAUCUUACAAGAAAACCCUUUACCCUCUCAUUAAAGAGGACAUCAAUAGAGAGAUCAAUGAUGCAACUCGUGCUAUUAGAGGACCACAGUCUCCUAAUUGUUGUGACAACAGGUGGACCACAAGUUGGUGGACACAAUUUAAAGUGUUGUUCAAAAGAGGUCUUAGAGAAAGGAGGCACGAAUCGUACUCGGGAUUACGAAUUUUCCAAGUGAUGUCUGUCUCAAUCUUAUCAGGUCUUUUAUGGUGGCAUUCUGAUACAUCACACUUGCAAGAUCAGGUGGGACUGCUCUUCUUCUUCUCAAUAUUUUGGGGCUUUUACCCUCUAUCCAAUGCCAUAUUCACAUUCCCUCAGGACCGCCCAAUGCUAAUAAGAGAACGCUCAUCAGCAAUGUACCGCCUCUCGUCUUAUUACUUUGCUAGAAUGGCAGGGGACUUGCCAAUGGAACUAGUUCUCCCAACCAUCUUUGUAACAAUCACAUACUGGAUGGGCGGACUCAGACCUUCGCCCAUCACAUUCGUGCUAACGGUUCUAAUCAUUCUAUUUAACGUGCUGGUGUCACAAGGACUUGGACUAGCCCUGGGAGCCAUACUCAUUGACCUAAAGCAAGCAUCCACCUUAUCAUCAGUGAUCAUGCUUGUGUUUUUACUUGCUGGUGGUUACUAUAUUCAACAGAUUCCACCAUUCAUCAGUUGGUUGAAAUACAUUUCAUUUAGCCAUUAUUGUUAUAAGCUUUUAGUGGAAGUACAAUACAUGGAGACUGAGGUUUACGACUGUCCGACGGGUAUCCACUGUAGAGUUUUAGAUUUUCCAGCGAUUAAGUAUCUCGGCGUCGAUCACUUGUGGUGGGAUGUGGCCGCUUUGGGUAUAAUGUUGGUGGGGUACAGGUUUCUUGCUUAUGUAGCAUUGAGGAUGGGAAAAUCUCAUUAAUCAUCUUGCCUUUAGUUGUAUUUAUUCAUGUGUCCAAUAAAGUAGAAGGUAAUUAAGUAGAAAACGAACUGAUUAUAUAUUAGAUGGACUUGAUGCAGGAUUAGAGAUAAUUGACUCAACUUGUAAUUGCAUAUUUAUGCAGUUCUAACUGCAUUUGUACCAUUUAAUAUUCA